UCUCUCCACGGAUGGCGUCAACAUGGGACUGGAAGAAUGACAUAUGUCUUUAUCUAGAUCACUAAAUCACAAGUCCAACUUAUUCUAUAAAGGCUGACUUCCUCGACGGCAACACCAGUUUUAUAGCUGUAUCUGCCAACUUGUAACGGCAGCUCUACUCUCUUGAUUCACUAGACGUGGCCGCAACAACUUCAAAAUACAUACGAGUCUUCAUCGCCCCUUCAGAACGCUCUUCACCACCAAAGAUAUACAAACCUCAUCGUCUACUCACUAAUCCAGUAACCACCACAACUUUGACCAUCACCCACCAAGAUGCCCAUCACCAACGAAGAAAUCGCCACUCGCCUCGAUGCCGCCUCGGCGUCUUACUCCUCCACCUUCGACAAAGACCACCUCGCUCUUCCGCCCGCAAAAAAGUAUCUCGUCCUCACCUGCAUGGACGCGCGAAUCGAUCCGGCUAGAGCCUUUGGGAUCGAGUUGGGUGAUGCGCAUGUGAUUCGGAAUGCCGGCGCAUCAAGCAAAGACGCCCUCCGCAGCAUCGUCAUCAGCCAGCAGCUCCUGGCCACAGAAGCCAUUGUCAUCGUCAAGCAUACCGGGUGCGGCAUGUUGACGUUCCAGAAUGAGGAUGCUUAUGAAGUUGUCGAAAAGAAUCUUGGUGCUGAAGCACGAAAGGAGCUCGAAGAAAAAAAGUUGGAUUUCCUCCCUUUCCCUGAGCUAAAGCAGGCUGUUCAGGACGAUGUCAAGUUCCUGAGGGGGACCAAGUUGGUGAAGGAUGAGAUUCCUGUCAGUGGAUGGGUGUAUGAGGUCGAGACGGGGAAGACGGUCAGAGUUGUCUAAUUUGCGAGCGGACGGUAACGCUGUUUGCUUUGGCAUCAGAAAUAGGGAGGCUGGGUAGGUUAGUAUAAUCGUGGAAACACGGAAUCAGAUGGUCCAUGAAUGAUAUUGGACACACAUUGC